CGGUGCACUCUCAUUUGACUGUCCUGGAUGUCUUCUGAUCCACUGCCAUCAUGAACCUAAAGCUCAUCUUCUUUUGCCUCUUCGUAGCAGUGCUCCUCGUACCUGCUGAACUGAAGCGUAAAAAACACAAACAUCGUCAUCGAGAUGGCCAUGGUCAUGAUCAUGAGCAUCACAAACAUGAGCACCAUAAACAUGGCAAAAGGAGAGGAGGAUUUAAGGAAAUUAUUGAAGAUAUCUUCUUUAGCAUCCUGGAGGGAGCUGGUGAUGAUGACGAUGAUGACGAUGAAAGUCCUUCAGAGUGGCUUUUUGAACUUCAAGAGCCAGAAGGCGAAUGCAACCCAAACCCCUGCCUCAACAACGGAGUGUGUGAGGAGAAAGGCAAGAGGAGAUUCAAAUGCGACUGUCCAAGACCUUUCAGGGGAAGAAGAUGCGAGAGAGGUCCAAAACAUUGUAAAAGAGGUAAAUGUGGUCGUGGUGAAUGUGUGCUGACUUCAACUCCCCCGUUCUAUGAGUGUAAAUGCAAGGUGCCCUUCCAGCCUCCUAAAUGCAGAACUGUUUCACUGUGUGAGCCUAAUCCAUGUCAAAAUGGUGGACAAUGCGUCAGGGACGGUGAUGACUUUGACUGCCAGUGCCCUCCAGGGUACAGAGGACGUUUCUGUCAUGUUGGCCCAGAUGACUGCUAUGUGGAGGACGGAGAGUCAUACCGCGGAAAUGUGAGUGAGACAGAGGAUGGCUAUGAAUGCCUCCACUGGAACUCUCACUUCAUCUUGGAGCGAGGAGUUGACCCCUUCAGCACCUAUGAAGACAAAGAUGGACUCGGCCAUCAUAACUUCUGCAGAAACCCAGAUGGAGACGAGAUGCCCUGGUGUUUCUACAGAAAAGGUCGCAAGUUGUCGUGGGACUACUGUGAUGUCACAGAGUGUCCUGAACCAACAGGUGUGACGCCAACUGACAUUGUCCCUACCAAUGCCGAUCCCACUGCUCCCAAGCCCCAGUCUACAAGCCCUAAACCUAUAGCAGCCUCCAAACUAACCACCACACCCACAAUGACUGAGAAGCCCAGCCAGACUCCACAACCUUCUGCUCCCCCCACUAACGUUCCUCUCCCCCCCACUAAAACCCCUUUACCACAACAGUUUGUCACCUGUGGGCAGCCUCAGCCAAAGAAGUCCAUUACACGAAUAUUUGGGGGUUUGAAAGUUCCUCCUGGGGCCGUACCCUGGCAGGUGUCCCUGCAGGUGAGACCGAAGGACUCCAACCUGGCAUUCAGACAUAUAUGUGGAGGAGUUCUCAUCGAGAGCUGCUGGGUACUGACAGCCGGACACUGCAUCGAACAAAAUAAGGACAUGCAGGUGGUUAUGGGAGGUCUGUCACUGGAUGCAGAGGAAUCCACAGAGCAAACUGUAAAAGUUGAAGAGGCUAUUAGACAUGAGAACUACAGAGAGACUCAAACAGCGGUUUACAACGACAUAGGCUUAUUGAGGCUGAAAGGCUCUGAUGGAGUUUGUGCCAAUGAGACCCAGUUUGUGAAGACAGCCUGUCUGCCUGAUGCCCAGCUGCCUGAUGGGAUAGAAUGUAAAAUUUCUGGAUGGGGUGCCACUGAGGACUCUGUUUAUGGUUCCAACCACCUGCUGGAGGCCAACGUACUGCUGAUCAACCAGGACAAGUGCUCUGAACCUGAUGUUUAUGGCAAAGUCCUGGAUAAUACUAUGUUCUGCGCUGGCCACCUGCAGGGAGGAGUGGAUUCCUGUCAGGGCGACUCUGGAGGACCGCUGACUUGUAAGGAGAACAAUGCGAAUGUUAUUUACGGCGUGGUGAGUUGGGGAGACCAAUGUGGACGGAAGAACAAGCCCGGGGUCUACACACGGGUUACUAACUAUCUGAACUGGAUCAAGUCGAAGAUUCAAGCAACAUCUGAAUAAACACACUUUUACUAUUCACCAUGCCAGUGUGGCCAAGUGCUUAGUGAUGUACGGAGCAAGUCUUACACAUCGUGAUUAAGCUUUUUAGGGUUUUUGUGUAAUUGUACCCAGUAUUUUGCUUUUUGGGUCUAGAUGUGCAACAAUUUUAAAUUCCAGUGCUACUUAAUAAAAAUUUCAUAAAGAACUAAUUAAACAUUUUAUCAAAUAGUUUUGUUGUGGAGUAAAUACGCAUUGUCAUUUAAGCUUAAUGUGUUUUUUACGAUUUAUAUAUGACGUAGAAAUGCAAUGUGAUCUGAAACCUUUUAUCAAAAAUGAUGUGUGGUGGAGAAGGAAAGACAAAAUAAAUGUUAAAUAUGACUACCCGGAGCCCUUUCAGAGAAAAAGUGACAUAUUUUUCAAUAAAGCUUGUUGGUAACUUUA